AUGGAUUCUUUGGCAACUGGAGGAUGCUUCUUCAAUGCCGUGUUUUUGUUCACAUGGCUGCUGGGUUUGAUUGGCUACAUUUACCUGGCCAUCCGCCCUGGUGAACUCCUGAAGAAUUUUGAUUUUGUGAGCGAUGCUGAAACUUCGAGCACUGGUGCUGUAGAGGAUCCAAUUGACAACAGCUCGAAUAGCGAUGCCUCUGAUCAUCCAGCUUGGUCCGAAGAAGGUAUGGUUCAUUGGCUGUAUGACCGAUGUGAGAGGAGGCUGCAAAAGGCUGUUACAAAACAGGAUCCCACGAAGACAAAUCAGUACUUGGCCCGACAGGGUAUUCUGAGUGACAUGCUGGCUGCUUUGGAGGUAGCCACAGCAGAAACCAGGGGCCACAUUCAACAGGUCCUUGAGGACAUCACGGAUUUGUCAAGUGAUGAGGACUCACCCACUAUGAACACUGGUGGCCAUGACAUAGCUCUGAAUUCUGGAGUCCCAACGGGUAUUGCCACAGCUUUUGUGCAUGGAGUAGCUGGUAUGAGCCUUUGUGGAUGCGACAUCGGCGACAUCGAAAUCUCCAACAACAGCAGUGUGAUCCCUUUCACAACUCUGGUUUUGACUGCAUGGUCCUGGCACUUGGUGGUCAAUGAGGACUUGCAGCUUGAAGGGAGUUUGCUGGUUGCCCUGCGGAGGAUCAACGGUCGUCUGGAGAGAGCACAGCGAAGAGGCAACAUUGGGCAAGGCAUGAAACACAUGCAGAAUCGAACAUGGUUGCUGAGCUGUGUGGCUCACUAUGCCAGCUGCAGCCCUCAGGCCGACAAGGCCUUUCGGGCCAUCAUGACCCUCCCCGAGUACGACCAGUUCGAGGAGGUGACAAAGCUGAUCGGACAGCUUGGAGGAGCACUUCGUGAAGUGAAGCCGGAAAGCUCCAAGUCUGACGAGGAGAUGGCUGAAGAAACUCCAGCAGAGAAAACACAAAGGUAUAUGAACUGUGGGCAAUCUGAAGCCUCGGACCCGGACCUCUGGGCAGAUGUUCACUACGGCCCGAGGAAUCGCCGAGAUGACACAGAACCCGGUGAUGGAACGGGAUUGCAGGUGGUGAUUGACUCGGGAGCUGAUGGUUCAGUUCUGCCCAAUGUGGAGCCACCAGAUGAGUUGCCAGCGGCUGCAGAAGAAGCUGAGUUACCAGUUGCAGAGAGACCAGAUGUGGACUACAAGUCUGUGAUGGUUGAUGGUGUCAAGCUAGAUAGCAAUACUCCCCUGCGUACUUUGAGAGGUGAUACAGUUGGUGAUGAAACUAUGGAAGUGACAGCUGAGGUUCAUCUCUGGGAGAUGCGCCUUUGGGAGCAGAGACGUCAGCUGUUGUCCACCCUAGAGAUGGUGGAGAUGAGUCAGAAAGACCUUGAUGCGCUUGAGUCCUAUGACUUUGACUUGGAUGAAACUGAUGACUCUAGUCAUACUGAUGCAGAACUUCUGGAACAGUUGAACAUGGGAGUUUUGAUCCCUGCCAAUGAGUUUGACUUCAAGGGUGAGACGCCCAAAAUGUUGACCACUAGGAGGCACAUGCUUUUGAGUGAACGUGAGUUGGCUAUUCAAAGCCAUCCCAAACAUUUGGAAAAGCUUUUUGAGAUGAUGAAAAUCAACAAAGGCCUGAAGCCGAAACAAGUGCCAGUCCACCAAUUGCUGGAUGAGCCAGAAGAAACAGAGGAAUUGCCCCCGGACAAGACCAAGACUUUUAGGUCGUGCAUUGGCAUCUUGCUCUACAUUGCCAGUGAUUUUGUCGAGUGCCAGUACGCAAUCAGAGGGUUAGCACAGGUGAUGUCAAAACCAACUGUGCAGGCCUUCAUAUGCCUGCGCCACCUUUGCCUGUACCUCUUGGGUUGUGUCGACCAAUGCACUGUGAUGACCUACAGUGACCACCAAGGACUGUUGCAUUACACGCCAACUGAGUACACCAUGGAAGUUUAUUCAGACUCAGUGGAGUUCACGCUGAACUUGGACAACUCUGCUGCCAAGGCCUUCUUCUUUCGCUCAGGAAACCAAGAGACUGAUGAGAGCGAGUCUGUUGGAGAAAAUGAUGAAGAAGAAAUGAUUGAGACGGAUGCAGAAGUCGAGGAUCAACCUACUGGCCACAGUGAAGCUUCUUUGCACCAGCAAAUGGCCGAGACGAAUGCUUUGCUUCUUGCUCGAGAACAAAGACUUGAAGCUGAGUGGGAUGAAGCUGAGUUGCGCAAUGAUCGAGAGACUAUGCAUGAGAUCGAAAACAUGAUCAUCGAGACCCGCAACUUGCGCUACAGCAUUUAG